AUGACAAAACGCCGCUGGCGAGUCCACAUCUUCUUCCGUGACGAUAUCAGCACAUAUGGACAUCUGGACGCACGCCUACCACUGAGGAAGCGUCGUGUCAUUCUCGGGAGACCAUACCGUGUGAGAAUGAGACCCUCCUAUGAAGAUGCUCGUCAGCGUCCAGUGUCACAGCGUUAUGAAGACAGCAAUGAGACCCACCUCUCGCCUAAUUAUCUUGGUAAUGGGCUGCCAAUAUUGCUCAUCAUCUGGUACACACUCCGACGAGAGAAGGAAGGAACCAAACAAUCCGAUCCAGUCGUCAACGACUACGGUCAAUCCCAAUCGUCAUCGUCAUCUUCUUCCUCAUCGCUGUCACCCAAUUUCUUGUUCCGCUCCAGGAGCGCGGCUGCCAGCGCGGCCGUCAGGUCGCCGCCGCCUCCACCGCCCCCGCUCGAGGAAGCGCUCUCCUCCGCGGGGGGCGAUGUCGGACGCGCGGGUGUUGCGUUCGGGUCUGUCUUUCGCAACAUGUGCACGCCAGCACUUUGUAUAGAUGCGAGCAG